GAAAGCUGAAGACAAGUAAUGCCCAUGUCCUUAAAGAUCUUGUUCCCACUGAUUACUAAAUUGUGGCCACACAGAUCUCUUCUCCACCCGUUACCAACCCGUGGCCACAGGUUUUUAUUUUAUUUUUAGGGAUGUCCCUAGUGGGUCUCCGUAAAGGUUGUGAUAGAAACUACAGAAACUACAAUAAUACGUCUGGUCAUACAUGGGCCAGCGCAUCCACACCCAGGGAACAGAACAGAGGACAUUUCACGUUUUCGCGCAUUGCGAAGAGAUCUACGGCAGCCUGAACCUCUGCCACACCAGGAGAACCACCCGAGAAUGAAUUUUCCAUUCCCUGUAUACACAUAAGCUAUUGAAAUAAUGUUUAAGUGACAUAAGUACAUUAGAUUGGAUGUUCAUAAUCAAAAAUAACAUGAUAAAAAUAGGAUAAAUAUUAAAAUAACUAAAUUAUGUUGAAUUGGCAUCUUCAAAACAUUUAUAUUUAUUUAGCUGAUUAAAUUGCCUUUUAUAGUUAAAUUACCUUAUAUUUUUGUGUUGAAUCAAUGCACAUUUAUACAGUCAUGGAAAAAAGAAAGUACACCCUCCUUCAAGUCUAUGUUUUUAGUUAUCAGAGCCUAAAUAACAAUUGUGUGGUCCUCACUAACUUCUAUAAACAAACAAAUAACCUAAAGUGACAAAAACAAAAAAGAACCAACACAACAGAUUUCAAUAUGCAGUCAUUUUUUCUUAAAAGUACACCAACAUUCAGAGACCAGAUGGGGAAAAAGUACACUCUAUAAUUCGAUAACAUUUAGAACAUCUUUUAGCAACAAUAACUUGAAGUAAAUAUUUUCUGUAGGAGUUUUGGAGAAGUUCUGGCCCACUCUUCUUUACGACAUUGCUUCAUUCAAUGAUGAUUGAGGGACUUCAUUUAUGCCCAGCUCUCUUAAGAUCCCACCACAGCAUCUCAAUGUGCUGGAAUGGCCAAGUCAAAGUCCAGACCUCAACCACAUUGAUUUUUUUUCUUCUUUAGACAUUCAGAUGUCGAUUUGCUGGUGUGCGUGGGAUCAUUGUCCUGUCUUGCAAGAUUCCCAGGUCCUGUGGCCACAAAACAAGCCCAAAUCAUCACCCCUCCACCACCAUGCUUGACAUUUGGUACAAGCUGUUCUUGGUGAUAUGAUGUGUUUGGUUUUCACCAAACAUGGCACUGUGCAUGAUGGCCAAACUUCUCCACCUUGGUCUCGUCACUCAUUAUUUGCUGACUAUGUUUGAUCUUCAGGAGUGUCACAAAACACAUUCGACUUGAUUUAUGUUAAACAGCAUUGUAUAUGUGACUGUGAGCAGCAGGGGCUUUGCAGAAUCAUGAAGGCGUUGAGCAAGCAUGAGCUGAAGAAGGCUGAGGAAGCGCUCAGACAUUACUUUCCCCAGUCACAAGAGGUGUAUGGAUGUGUUUCUAUUAUUAAUCGAGCAGAAGUUGACCCCAGAGAUGUGCUGGUGGACCGGUGGCCAGAUUUCAGUGUGCUACUUGUUAAAACAAAACCGCAGCAGAAACCAGACUUUUUUAAUAAUGUGAUCAUUUUUACUAAGGACGAAUCAUGUCUCAGGAACAUACUAACCAGGACAGACGUUCUAGACUGGAAGCAGUUCAUCAGUCUAAGUGUUGAUCUGCAGCAUGAGGAAAUGUUAAAGGCUGUAGCAUUGAACUAUGGUGUACCAAUGAACAAAAUAAGUACCAGCCACUUAAUGAGCCUGGAGGAUCCAUCCAACCUUCCAGCUGACAGUUAAGUG